AUGCGGGAGAGAAUGGGGAGACUGGGGGCACACUGGAAGCUCUGGGAAGGGGCGGAGAGCCACUCGAGACCCACCUCUGCUUCCAACCACCUUAACUCUGCCAGCAGGAAGAAUGGCACACCACCUGUGGUCCAGCUCCUGUUCCUCCAGCCAGCUUUGGUCGAAAACAUCCAGCUACAGCUUGCCAUCAAGAACUUCCGUACCUUACAUAUCGACUAUCCCAAGGUUAACUACGCAAAGGGUUUCCGGGGCUACUGUAAUGGUCUGAUGUCCUAUGUAUGGGGCAGACAACAAAGCUGGUAUUGCCCAAAGAUCCAUUAUGUCUUACAUGCCCUGUGGACCGCCAUCAAGAAGUUCUGCAAGUACAGCGAGAGCUUCUGUGAGAAUUACAAUGAAUAUUGUACAGUCACCCAGGACUCCUUCCCCCUAACAAUCUGCUCCCUGAGCUCCAAGCAGCCACCCACCAGCUGUUACUACACCAGCACCUUAACCGACCAAAGGCUCUAUCUGCUCUGCUCCCAAAAGUAUGAUGCUGAACCGAUAGAUAUCAUGGGCCUCUACUAGGGAUGGGACUAGCCCCCAC